UAUUAACAACACACUGUGGUUGUACAGCUACAAAAUAACAGCACUGAGAGAUGGCAGCCAGGAAGCUGAUCGUGGUUUUUGGAGCUACUGGUGGUCAGGGUGGCUCAGUUGUGCGGGCUCUGCUCCAGGAUGCUUCAUUCCAGGUGCGGGCGGUGACCCGGAACCCUGAGAAGCCCGCAGGAGCAGAGCUGUCCCGCCUUGGAGCCCAGGUGGUGAAGGCAGACCUGAGCCAGCAGGGGGAGCUAGAAGCUGCGCUACAGGGCGCAUACGGCUGCUUCUUUGUGACAAACUUCUGGGAGCACUUCAGCAAGGAUGUUGAAGUUCAACAGGGUAAGAUUGCAGUGGACCUGGCAAAGCAGCUGGGGCUGAAGCACUUUGUGUACAGUGGGCUGGAGAAUGUGAACAAGCUGACUGGGGGGAAAUUGAAGGUGCUACACUUUGACAGCAAAGGGGAGGUGGAGGAAUAUCUGAAAGACAGCGGGGUUCCUUUCACCAGCCUGCGUAUGCCUGCCUAUUUUGAGAACUUCCUGACCUUCUUCAAACCCCACAGCAAUGUCGCUGGAGGAGCAAACCUGCUGAAUAUUCCAAUGGGUGAUGUCCCUAUGGACGGCAUGUCUGUCGCUGACCUGGGGCUGGUAGUGGCCAGUGUGCUGAAAGCCCCAAAUGACUUCAACGGCAAGACCAUUGGCCUGAGCUCUGAACGGUUAACCAUUCAGCAGUACAGUGAGGUCAUGAGCAAGGUCCUGGGGAAGCCAUUCAGGGAUGGGAAGAUGUCUGCAGAGGUCUAUGAGAAGCUGGGGUUCCCCGGAGCGAAGGAACUGGCUGACAUGUUCCGUUUCUACAUGAUGAAGCCAGACCGGGACAUCGUUCUGACCCACAGACUGAACCCAGCAGUGCGCAGUUUUGAGCAGUGGCUGAGGGAGAACAAAGAGGCCUUUGCAGACCUGUGAGGGAGGCUUCAGCGUCGCUCACACUCAGAGCAGCACUCUGGUCAAGCGUGUGUCUAGGAGCGUGCAUUCAGCAAACUGUUUUUUAAAUGUGGAUUAAUAAUACAUCUUAUUUUUAUUAAAGCUUGCUUGUAAGCAAACAUAGUGAAUAAAUAA